GCCCAUUCACUCCAGCACAAAUGCAGAUGCACUUCGGUUUAACCGCCUCACCUCUGUCUGCAACGUGUUUGUGGAUUAACAGUAGAUGAGGAUAAUGAGUAAACAGCUCUGUGUGGUGACUGCAGUUACGUAUGUGUGUGUGAGAGGCCUUGGCUGUGGGGGGCUGCUGUGCUGCAGUGUCCACCAACACCAGUGGCCAUUUUAAGACGCAGCAGUAUUACUGCUGACCGCUAGAAGACGCUGUGUUUACGCGGAUGGUCCAGGCCAUACGGUGUUGUACCGUGGGCCCCUGCUCCCAUAGCGACACGCACACACACACACAGACGCGCCAGCGCGCGCGCACACACACACUCAAGCGCGCACGAGGUGUCUGGCUGCGUGCCAGAUGCAACGAGGACUCUCAGAAGAGGUGGAGUGGACUCUGCGGUCCCCGUCUCGCGUGAGCGAUGUGAGCAGCUCGUGUGGACGCGGGGAGCUUGCUCCUGAGGAUAUCACGGGGUCGCUCAGUCUGACCACGCAGCCUCGGCUGCAGAGUCCACUUCGCAUUUUGAGCGACGCCCCCAAAUUCCGUGCAGAGUGUUUGCAGACCCUCCGGGACGGAGAGGUGGAGGAGGAAUCGGCAGCUCCGCCGUCCAUAUACGCUCCGAUCGCCACGCCAUUACUUCAUGACUUCAUCGUGUAUUUGACAGCGGGGAGUUCGGGCCGCGUUCGGAAGCGACCACUCGGACUGUGGUCAGCUCGCCGUGGCGUCGCUCUCCAGGACUCCAAGGCUGCUGCAGAGAAUGGGAAUAGGGACACAGGCCAAGGCUUGCCGCUCUGGCUGAAGUAACAGCAGGACAGUUGUCAACCCCGCAUCGGCUUCAAUUUCCUUCUCCCUCACCUCUUCUCCCACGCACAAAAAAACACAAGAGCAGAUAUUCCCCAUACCCGGUCACUGCUAUGUCCACCGCGAUAGACAUCGCUGGCCCUUCCUCCCCAGACCAGGCCCACAGCAGUGCUAAAAUCCCCAAUGAGCCACUGAGACCGAGCCUUAAGCGCUCCAGCCACCCCUACAGCCUCUCCCAUUACAUCUCCACCCCUUCCCCAGCUGUGGAUGUCAAAGGCCUGAUCCAGCCCUCCCCGGCUCAGCAGCGAGCCGCCCAGCCCGGGCACACUAAGCCCCGCCGGGCCCCCUCCUGGCCCGACAUGUGGGAGUCGCCCAGCGGGCUCCACCUGGCCCAUGCUGCAGAGCUGCUGAUGCGCGCCGGGCUGCUGGCGCUCACCCCCGCCACCACAGAGCAAGCCAACCUGGGUGCCCAGAGCAGCCAGCCGGCUAAAAGAGAGGUGGCGGAGGCAAAGGGAGGAAAGGCGGAUGGAGAGGGAGGUGGGUCUGGGCCCGAGGAGGAGGAAGAGGACUCUUCUGGAUGUAGCACUGACUUCCAACCCUUUCUCGGGGCUUGGUUCCCCUUCAGCCCCGCUCUCUUCCCCCUGGCCGGCUUCCAGAUGGGGGGAGGCCACUGGCGAAGCGCGGCCAUGGGAGCCGAGGGCAUAGAGGGCCUGGUGGCUGAAGGCUAUUCCCCUGGCUCCCUCGGCGGCGGCGGCGGCGGCAGGAGGAAGAGGAAGAGGUGCGGGGAGUGCGUACCUUGCCGACGUCAGACGAACUGCGAACAGUGCAGCAGCUGCCGCAAUCGCAAGAGGGGACACCAGAUCUGUAAAUACAGGAAGUGUGAGGAGCUGAAGAGGAAGCCCGGGGGGCCGGGGUUUGAGAGCAGAGUGUCUGGGUUUGAUCUGAGGGGGUCCGACUUUACUUUGGGUCUGGCACAGGAGAGAAGCAACGGAGCCUUGGAUGGAUAGUAAUUCCUGCUUCGGCAGCAUUUGUCAGGUUGGAUGAUUGUUUGGGAGCUGUAGUGUAAGAAACACACCCAGGACACCAUGUUAACAUGCUCGGACUGUGGUAGAAAGGCCCCCAGGUCUCGUGUUUAAAGAGGAGCUGCAGCUCUGUUUAAGAAUGUCCACACUUGUUUCCAUCCUUUCUUUUGACAAUCAGUGAAUUGGGAGAGGCGAAAAAGAAGGAUACCAAGGUGUGUCAAUAUUUAGACGACAACAAAAAUGCUGUACAUAGACUGUAAAUAUCUGGAAAACAUUAUGUCUUUUUUUACAUUGCUUUCCAGUUUGGAUGUAUCGUGCUUCAACAUAAAAGAGGAGCCAAAUGUUUUUGUUUCUGACGGGGAGUUUUUGCUUCUGUUGUUCUGACGUCACUGCAUCAGUAAGAAAUGAAUGAGUUCAGCCUCGGCUAAAUUAUUUCAUGUGCAACUUGUACUGUAUAGCUCUGUUUGCCCUUUUGAAAUAAAAAGAAAUUUGCCAUGUGCAUUUGUCUACAAGCUUUAUGCUA